GGGAAGGAGCUCGAGCCCGGGGCCGCGGCUCGGCCCAUGAUGACUUGCUAUCGAGGCUUCCUGCUGGGCAGCUGUCGUCGCGUGGCGGGCGGCCGGGCGGCGGCGCUGCGGCGACCGAGCGCGGGAGGCCCCGCCGCGCGGCCCCGGCUGGGCGGUGACGGCAGCGGCCGGCGGCACCUGGGGCAGGGGCAGCCGCGCGAGCUGGCGGGCUGUGGCAGCCGCCCCGACGGCGGCUUCCGCCCCUCCCGGGUGGUGGUCGUGGCGAAAACCACUCGGUACGAGUUCGAGCAGCAGCGGUACCGUUACGCGGAGCUCUCGGAGGAGGACCUAAAGCAGCUGCUUGCAUUGAAAGGCUCUAGCUACAAUGGACUUCUUGAACGACAUCAUAUUCACACCAAAAAUGUAGAACAUAUUGUAGAUAGUUUACGGAAUGAGGGAAUUGAGGUUCGUCUAGUAAAGAGGAGAGAAUAUAAUGAAGAGACUGUUCGAUGGGCAGAUGCUGUCAUAGCUGCAGGAGGUGAUGGCACAAUGCUGCUGGCAGCAAGUAAAGUCUUGGACAGACUGAAACCAGUUAUAGGGGUAAACACUGAUCCAGAACGGUCUGAGGGUCAUUUAUGCCUGCCUGUUCGAUAUACACAUUCCUUCCCAGAAGCCUUACAGAAGUUCUAUCGUGGUGAGUUCAGGUGGUUGUGGAGGCAGCGAAUCAGGUUAUACCUUGAAGGGACUGGCAUAAACCCUGUUCCUGUGGACCUUCAUGAGCAGCAGCUAAGCUUGAAUCAACACAGUAGAGCCCUUAACAUUGAAAGAACUCAUGAUGAAAGGUCUGAGGCUUCCGGACCCCAACUUUUGCCAGUGAGAGCACUAAAUGAAGUCUUCAUUGGGGAGAGUCUGUCAUCCAGAAUGUCUUAUUCUUGGGCUGUAGCAGUGGACAGUUUAAGAAGAAGUAUACCCACUCUAAAGGGACUGGCUUCCUACUAUGAGAUUUCGGUUGAUGAUGGUCCAUGGGAAAAACAGAAGAGUUCAGGGCUCAAUUUGUGUACUGGAACAGGAUCAAAGGCCUGGUCAUUCAAUAUUAACAGGGUUGCAACUCAGGCUGUAGAGGAUGUUUUAAAUAUUGCAAAUCGACAAGGUAAUUUGAGUCUUCCAUUGAACAGAGAAUUGGUAGAGAAAGUAACGAAUGAAUAUAAUGAAUCACUGCUCUACAGUCCGGAAGAACCAAAAAUACUUUUCAGUAUUCGAGAACCAAUAGCAAAUAGAGUUUUCUCAAGCAGUCGUCAGCGUUGUUUCUCCUCAAAGGUUUGUGUCCGUUCUCGUUGUUGGGACGCCUGUAUGGUUGUGGAUGGAGGAACUUCUUUUGAGUUUAAUGAUGGUGCAAUUGCUUCAAUGAUGAUCAAUAAAGAAGAUGAGCUUCGAACUGUGCUUCUAGAACAGUGAAGGAUUUCCUCAUGACAGAUGAUUACUGGAGAAAAUAUUUUUACUUCAGAAACAGACUGCCAAUCAUAAAGUGACUUUUUUUGGUUAUUGUUGAGACUGCUUGCCUGUGGGCUCAGAAGUGAGAUUUGCAUUAUUCUGUUGAAUUCUGAUAGAAAAAAGACAUUCACGGUAUAAGAAAAUGGAUGGACUGAACUAAUUAGAAUUGAUACCAGUGAAAUUUUUAUAUUGCUUAUAGUUGGUAACCAAGAGUACUGAUACCUUUUUAAAUUUAGAGGGCCAGGCUUAAAUAAAGGACUAAAUAUUUAGGAUUUGAAAUUUACCUGUAUAAGUGUUUUUUCCUUCCUUUCCUCCUAAUUGUGGAAUUGUCAGAACUGAACACAUAUCAUUUGAUUAGUGCAUAUUUUUUAUAGUACCUGAAAAUAAAGAUUUUGAAAAAAUUUUGAUGGAGAAUUUUGAUAAGUCCUGACAUUGACCUAAUUGAAAUAGGUAAAUGUGUUUGUAUAGGUGCUAAGAAUUUUCUAAUUGCAGAACACAAUGACGUUAGGACUUUACUGAUUUAAAAAUUUCAAACAAUCAUUUUUGAAAUUUUAGAUGAAUGCUUUUGACUUUCAUUCUGUUUAAUUUCAGCAGUGCUGGGUGAAAUACAUAUAUCAGAACAAAUCAUGAUGCUGUUACAAAUGUAUUAUUUAUCCAGUAAGUGUUUUAAGUCAAUUUUAAAAAAAUAAUAUGAUUCUUACAGGUUUCUUCCAUCUUUAAAAUGCUCAAACAUGGAUUCAGGGACUAAAAGGAUAAACUGAUUAGACAUUUUCUAUUAGGAGUUUGGUAAAAUAUUGUAAAAAUAUUUUCACCUGUUAGGAGUGUUAUAAGAAUGGAUUCUUUAAUAAAUAUGUAAAACACAAUAAUUUUGGAAUUGCCUUCUUAGUAUUGUGGUUUUCACCUAGCUUAUAUUCCAAGUUUUACAGAAUAGCUUUUAGGAUAAAAUGUUAGGGCUUUUAUUUUUUUCUCAUUAUGAGAAUUUAUUUUUGGAGGAAAUUAUUAUCUAAUUCUUGAUCUACUUAUAAGUAAUCCUAGAAUUUUUGCCAAAAGAGCCUGUCAUUGCAUAAUGAAACAGUUGGUAUUCUUGUGCCAUUGUUCAGUCAUGUGUUUCUUUCAUUUGCUGCUGAAAAUUGCUGUUCAAUCAUUGACAACUAUUUAUUGAUUACCCACUCUGUGCCAUGUGCUGGAUAUGUUGAUAAAUGAAAGACUCUAUCCUUAUGCAAUUUGAGUCUCGUGGGCUCAGAAGUAAAUAAUGUGAAAGCUAGAUGGAUAGUCAAAGUGAGUGCUUUUAGUUUUGCCAGUAUUUAACAUGUUGUUAUCAAUUUUUAAAAAUAAAUGUUAAUUACAAAGUUAAUCAGGUUUUGAUGUGUAUCCAGAAGAAUCAAUUUUUCUUAAAGUAUCUGCAUAGACAUUCAUAGCAAAGAAUUUAUGACAUAUCAGAUAGAAAUAAAUUCAAAUUUAUUGUUUUCCCAGAGCUAGAUCUAGUUUCUGGCUUGAUUUUUUUUUUUAAUGAUAUGCAUAAGAAUACCACUUUAUAAAAAAGCUCCACACUAUAGAAGCUCCCCUAACAGGCUUAAAAUACCUUCUUAAAGAAAAAAUGCCAACUCCAUCCUUAAUCUCAAGGAAAUCUGAUUGUCCAAACAGAUCUGUUAAUAUGUAACAUAUUAAUAGAUAACUUGAUGUGUAAAAGUAUAAGCCAUAUUUUAAAAGGUUUUAAAAAUAAUGUGCUUCAUUUGUGAUAUAAUUACUAACAUUUCUGCUUGUGAUGGAGAUUUAUUUGUAAGAAUGAGAGGCAAAGGAUGUUAGCAUAGCAAAAAGUUAACUUUUAAUGGUAACCCUAUGUGAAUAAAAUUACACCACUGUUA